GAGAAGAAACAAAAGGGUAUGUUUUGCAAUUGCUGACUUAUUAGGUAUCUGCUUCUCAAAACACUUCGAUCGCUAUCGCUUCUGACGGUGCGAGUGCGAGAACAGAAAUAGAGAAACAUAUCGAGGAGAUAGUGAUUUCUAAAGAAUCAGAGACUCAUCGUUCAUAAGCAUAAGCGGGGAUUUUGUGAUUUCCAGUUGACCCAGGUUUGCUACUAUUCAUCUCGCCGUGUCUUGCAAUUUCAAGUUUCUCUAAAGACAUCAUCCGCCAUCAAAAGGGAGAGUUUGAAGAAGCUCUCAGUGCAUCAAGUGAUGAUCGGAUCUAAAAAGUCUGCUACCUUGUUUCCUAGUCCAUGGAGGAUGCCUAUUUAUCGUUCCUCUUUAGAGUUCCGGAACGGCGUAUCGGUGUUGCCUCUGUUCCGUGUUUUCUAAGGGUUUUUAGGGCUUGCCUUUCGUCUACCUGUUUUUGGAGUGUAGGCGAAGGAGAUUUUCUAUUAACUUCUAUUGGACUGAAGGAGCAGAUAUCAAGUUUUGAUUGAGGAAAUUUCUUUUUCUAGCUCGGAGAAGGGUCUUUGACUUCAUUGGUAUCUUUGAUCCUGAAUUUAGGGUUUUUCUUUAUUUGUUUUCUAUUUGUGGUAGUUAUGGAUGUCGACUCAGCCGCAAGGGAUGGAAAUAAGCGUGUGUUUAAUCGCUUGGGAGCUGCACCUGAUAAAAACCAGAAAGUCUGCUAUCACUGGCGGGCUGGGAGGUGUAAUAGGAACCCUUGCCCCUUCCUUCACAGAGAAUUGCCACCACCGCAGAGUAUCGACGGGAUUUCUUCGAAGCGUCCUUAUGGGCCUGCCAAUGACCGGAGUUUCAGUGGUCCUUCCAUGUCACGUAGACCUAAUCCGAACAUGAAAUGGGCUUCCAACACCUGGGGCCGGAAUCAUGGUGCUGGUGCACCCGGACCAGCUAGGGUUCCUCGCAAAAUACAGGACAAAGUCUGUCAUUAUUGGAUGGGCGGAAACUGUACUUUUGGAGAUAAUUGCAAAUAUCUACACUCUUGGUUUCUUAGCGAUUGUUUCACGUUAUUGACGCAGCUUGAAGGACACCAGAAGGUUAUUAGCGGGAUUGCUCUUCCAUCCGGUUCUGAUAAGCUCUACUCUGGGAGCAAAGACCAAUCUGUACGGGUUUGGGACUGUCAAAGUGGGCAGUGUGCUGGUGUGAUCAAUUUGGGAGGUGAAAUAGGAUGCAUGAUAAGUGAAGGUCCCUGGCUUUUUGUUGGAAUUCCAAAUGCUGUCAAGGUGUGGAACAUCCAAACUGCCUCUGAACUUAGUCUUAGUGGACCUGUUGGACAAGUUCAUGCCCUUGUUGUCGGCAAUGAGAUGCUUUUUGCUGGAACCCAGGAUGGUAAUAUACUGGCAUGGAAAUUCGAUGCUGCAAGCAACUCCUUUCAACCAGCUGCAUCACUUCGGGGCCACAGUCUUGGUGUUGUUGCAUUAGUCGUUGGAGCAAAUAGGCUGUACUCCGGCUCAAUAGACCAAACAAUAAGAGUUUGGGACCUAGAGAGCUUACAGUGUAUCCAGACUCUGACUGGUCAUACAUCGGUUGUGAUGUCAGUUCUUUGUUGGGACCAAUUUUUGUUAUCAUGUUCACUUGAUAAAACAAUAAAGGUGUGGGUUGCAACAGAAGGCGGCGACUUAGAAGUAACAUAUACACACACUGAAGAACAUGGUGUGCUCACCCUCUGUGGAAUGCAUGAUGCACAAGCGAAGCCCGUCUUGCUGUGCUCAAAUAACAAUAACACCGUUCACCUUUAUGACCUACCAUCAUUCAGUGAGAGGGGGAUAAUAUUCUCAAAAGAGGAGGUUCGGGCGAUACAAGUAGGUCCAGGUGGGCUUUUCUUUACUGGUGACGGAACCGGGGAACUACGAGUGUGGCAAUGGGCCACUGAGCCGGCCGUAGUCUCUUGAGUGAAAUCAACAGUAGCAUUAUUUGUGAAUCCCAUCUCUGUAAAAUUUUUUUGGUGGGGCGUUUCACUAUUCUUUUGGCCUUAUUUUAAGUAAGAGUUUAAAGAAGACAUGCAAUAAAAUUGCAAGUUUUGGUCCU